AUGACAGAGACCACCUUUUCGCAAAACAUUCAUUCCGGACGAAUUCCUGAAGUGUUGCAUCAACAUGGGAUUUGGCGACGACCUACGAUGCGUCCUGGAUCCAUGGAUUCACUUCGUCGGUUUUCCUUUGCUCAACAAGACAUUGAAAACUCGAAAGCAAAACAACAAAUUUACAACGAGGACAAUAGCCUGGAAAGUGAGUUCUUGCCACUGGUCAUUAUUCUGGACGAUGAUGAGUUGCUUCAAGAAAGCAGCGACGAGUCUUCUUCUGUUCCUCCAAGCCCACCAAUGUCGGUGUGGAGUUGUUCCAUGUCUUCCAACCAGUCAGAACAUUUCUCAGUGGGUUUUGCAUUGUGCGAUCCCAAGAAUCUACGAUUCUAUCGCGACAGUAAUAGCACAGUAACUCCAUCCGUCCGCGAUUCCAUCAACACAACCAGUGCCGACUAUGGCUUGUCGGUGGCAACCUCGGAUUCCGAUUCGAGUAUGUCACAGGAAGAAGAAGUCUACAGCGAAUUACUUUCCAUCUGCUCUGAUAUUCCCAGAGAGAUUGUUGUCCGCAAAACCUUGUCACAGCGAUUCCCAUUUUUGCGACGCUUGGCUCCCAAGUUGCUUCGUCAGUCCAACCGAAACUUGGAACUCUAA